AAACAAACAAGAAAGUGGUUUGUCUGUACAGCAGCAAAGAGUGCUCUAACAGGCCACUGCUACACAAGCAGGAAACCAACCUAAUCAACAACACACAUUUGAGACGAUGCUGAGAGUUGUGGGACAUCUGUUGUGUCUCUUUAUAUGCCGUCGGGGAGCUGAUGGCUUGACAGAGACACUGAUGGAACUUGGACAGAAUACAACCAUAUACUGUUCUCUUAACAUAGAAAGUGCAUACUGGUACAUUCAGCACCAACCACAGCCUUGAACCAUUGUUCAAACAGAAUGUGACAGUAGAUGAUUGUGGCCUGUUCUACUGUGCAAAAAAAAAGGAGAGGGUAGAUUGAUAUUCAGCAAUGGUACCAGACUCAUGACCGCUGAUGUUUAUGCUGACUAUCCCAAUCAGACAAGCCAGACGUCCAGCUAUACAAACCAGACCUCCAACUACAGGUCAUCAUGGGAGAACUGUCUUCUGUUAAUUUACAGUGUUCUGAAUGUUAUUCUGAUGGUUAUGAUCCUGGUGCUAAUCUUGACCUUGCCAUGUCAGAACAGGAACUCUCCUUCAAAACUAACAUCAAGACGCCAAAUAGACAUAAGAGGUGCUGGUUGCCGGUUUGUGUGAUCCUGUUGAUUGGACCCCAAGUCUCUUCGCAGGUCAAAGUUGAAGGCUUCAAGGGAGAUAAUGUUAUCUUGCCUUGCACAUACAUUGAGAAGAAGGAGCAUAAAAAUGUCACAAUUUUUUGGCAAACCGCAGAUGAUGACACUGUCUACAGUAUUAUUGAUGGAAAAGCAGAUUUGGCCAAGCAAUACUCUCAGUUCAUCAACAGAACCAGUAUGUUCUCUGAUGAGUGGACAAAUGGCAACUUCUCUCUCCUACUGAUUGAUCUCCAUAGCACAGAUAGUGGGAGUUAUUCAUGUUUCAUACCAACAGAGGACAUUCUUCGUCAAGUGGAACUUUCUGUUCAAGAGAAACCAACUCCUGAGCCUAAACCAACUCCUGAGCCUAAACUAACUCCUGAGCCUACAAAUAGCAGCAGCGUGAGCCUCAGAGGACAGAACCUCAGCCCCUUCCUGUUUCUCCUCCUCAGUCAAAUGGUCUACCUUCUUUGACUCACAGCAUAGAAAUUGGUCAUUGUGCCAUUUUAUGUGGCUUUGUUUUGCAACUUCUCUGUGUUCAAUUGUCAGAAAUAUCUUUUCUCGCUAUAUGUAUGAAAUAUGAAAUGCAAAAUAUAGGCUACCACUUGCUAGAACUCUUUAUUGAUGUGAUGAGUAAAUGCAUAACACUUUUUUAAACAUGGGUAAUCUGUGAAAUCAAAAUAGGAAAUACAUUUGAAAUAGGAUUUGAAAUAGGGUUGAAAUAAGAUUGUGUGGUGUGUCACUCCUAUCAAUAAAGCUUCAAUUACAAGGCUAUUAAAGUUAUAUACAGCCAAUUGACUGUCAUUUUGGUGAGAACUUGAGAUUGAACAUAUUUGUGUGUUUUUUGUUGUUUCAAUCAGCUUUUUCUUUUACUAAGACAUUUUCUUUAACUUAAAGUAAACGUUCACUUCCUCAAUACUCUUGAAUAAAGUCUGUUGCUAUUCCUUUUUGCAAACUAUGGUUUGAUCAUGUGGUUGUACACUCCGUUCAGUCUCAAGGUCUCAUCACUCACUGCUCACCGGUGGUGCCUGUCCAUUCUGUAAGACCAUUAUUAUGAAUUUGCUUAUUCAUUUUACAUUCAUUUUUACAAUGAAUUAAGUAAGUGUGUCUUCUGUUCUAAAAUGUAUUUAGAAGGACUGAGAAGCUCAGCUCUGGUGACUUUUCAAAAGGACAUUCUACUUCCAAAUGAAUGAAAAUAAAAUUAUACUGACACCAUCU